GGAGACUUUAGCAAUGGGGAAAUACCACAGACUGUCCCAUCAGGACAAUGCCAGGCCUGCAGUCCCAGGAGGCACCCACUUGCUUACCCAAACCCCAGACAUUUCAUUUAAAAGCAGAAGUGAAAGGAAGACCAGGUUCCUGAAAGGGUUAUUUUGACUUAGUCUGGCUAUAAAACUGCUAUUGGCUGUUAUUUGGCAUGGCCAAAGUGCACCCAGAAUGUCUUCUCUCUCCAUUCAGUGCACGCAUUACUUUGGCUAAGAGGAGGUGAGCAGCCCUCUGCCCUUCCAGAGCAAGCAUGGAGCAGCAGGAUCAGAGCAUGAAGGAAGGGAGGCUGACACUUGUGCUUGCCCUGGCAACCCUGAUAGCUGCCUUUGGGUCGUCCUUCCAGUAUGGGUACAACGUGGCUGCUGUCAACUCCCCAGCAAUGUACAUGCGACAAUUUUACAAUGAGACCUACCAGGACAGGACUGGUGAAGUCAUAGAAGACUUCCCCUUGACGUUGCUGUGGUCUUUAACUGUGUCCAUGUUUCCCUUUGGAGGCUUCAUCGGAUCCCUCCUGGUCGGACCCUUGGUGAAUAAAUUUGGCAGGAAAGGGACCUUGCUGUUCAACAAUAUAUUUUCUAUCGUGCCUGCGAUCUUAAUGGGAUGCAGCAAAGUCGCCAAGUCCUUUGAGCUUAUCAUUAUUGCCAGACUUCUGGUGGGAGUGUGCGCAGGUUUAUCUUCCAACGUGGUCCCCAUGUACUUAGGGGAGCUGGCCCCUAAAAACCUGAGGGGGGCUCUCGGGGUGGUGCCCCAGCUCUUCAUUACUGUCGGCAUCCUUGUGGCCCAGAUCUUCGGUCUUCGGAAUCUCCUUGCAAAUGAAGAUGGCUGGCCGAUCCUGCUGGGGCUGACCGGGGUCCCCGCGGCGCUGCAGCUCGUUCUGCUGCCCUUCUUCCCCGAGAGCCCCAGAUACCUGCUGAUUCAGAAGAAAGACGAAGCGGCCGCCAAGAAAGCCCUGAAGACACUGCGCGGCUGGGACUCCGUAGAGGCGGAGGUGGCCGAGAUCCGGCAGGAGGACGAGGCGGAGAAGGCCGCCGGCUUUAUCUCGGUGCUGAAGCUGUUCCGGAUGCGCUCGCUGCGCUGGCAGCUGCUAUCCAUCAUCAUCCUCAUGGGCGGCCAGCAGCUGUCGGGCGUCAACGCCAUCUACUAUUACGCGGACCAGAUCUACCUGAGCGCCGGCGUGAAGGAGGAGCACGUGCAGUAUGUGACGGCCGGCACCGGGGCCGUGAACGUGGUCAUGACCUUCUGCGCUGUGUUCGUGGUGGAGCUGCUGGGUCGGAGGCUGCUGCUGCUGCUGGGCUUCUCCAUCUGCCUCACAGCCUGCUGCGUGCUCACCGCGGCUCUGGCCCUGCAGGACACGGUGUCCUGGAUGCCAUAUAUCAGCAUCGUCUGUGUCAUCUCCUACGUCGUAGGACACGCCCUUGGGCCCAGUCCCAUCCCCGCGCUGCUCAUCACUGAGAUCUUCCUGCAGUCCUCUCGGUCAUCCGCCUUCAUGGUGGGCGGCAGCGUGCACUGGCUCUCCAACUUCACCGUGGGCUUGAUCUUCCCGUUCAUCCAGGAGGGCCUCGGCCCAUACAGCUUCAUUGUCUUCGCUGUGAUCUGUCUCCUCACCACCAUCUACAUCUUCCUGAUUGUUCCCGAGACCAAAGCCAAGACGUUCAUGGAGAUCAAUCAGAUUUUCACCAAAAUGAAUAAGGUGUCUGAAGUGUACCCAGAAAAGGAGGAACUGAAAGAGCUUCCACCUAUCACUUCUGAACAGUGACUCUGGAGAGGAAGCCAGUGGAGCGGGUCUGCCAGGGCCUUCCUCCUUUGGCCUGUUUUUCUGACUUCUAGCUGUCUGUAAAUAUCCAGAAAUAAAACGAGUCUGACGUGGAAUGCAGCCCUCCUCGCCAGCCUCCCCACCCCAGUGGGAACUGUGCAAAGCGCUUCCUUGCUGUUCUCGAAGCCGGGCUGUCUCUCUCCAGACCAACCCCUCGCCACCCCCGAGUCAAGUGAACAGCUGGUCUUCCACCUUGCUGGGUCAGCCUUUGUGUGGCUCCUGGUAACAUAACAAAAACAGUUACUAUAGUGGCGAAAUGGAAGGAAUCAAAUUUUGCCAGAUAAACGGACUCUGUGGCCCCGACAGAUCUUCUGGGGCCCUGGGCAUUUGUUUAGAGCCAAAUUCAUCUUCUUAUCAGAUCCUUUUCCAGAAAUACCUAUCUAGGAAGGUGCGAUGUCAGAAACAACGACAUCCAGAAAGCUGAGGAGCACGUCCCUGUGGAGACACUUGAGUCAGAAUUCUUAAUCCUAAAUUAAAUUAUUAGUGGAAAAUGGAAUUGCUUCUGUGUAGUCAAUAAAAUGAAUCUGAUCACUUUUCAACAA